CAAACCGCAUUCUCUUUCACUCCGCCAUUACCAAAAUGGACACGUGUAAUUGCAUGAAGACAGCAAUUCUCAUUUCUGCAUUCUUCUUCGUUGCUUCAAGUGAAGUUAAUAAUGCUGGCAAAACACUGGUUCUUCUAGAAAAUGCUCAUGUUAGGGAAACUCACUCGAUAUUUUUCAAGUUUUUGCAAGACAAGGGCUUCGAAUUAACUUACAAAUUAGCAGAUGAUCCAGACCUUGCUUUGCAAAAAUAUGGAGAAUACUUAUUCAACAACCUCAUUGUUUUUGCACCAAGUGUUGAAGACUUUGGAGGUUCAGUAGAUGUUGCUGCCAUAACAAAGUUCAUUGAUGAUGGCAACAAUGUUCUUAUUGCAGCAAGCUCAUCAAUUGGAACACCUUUAAGGGAACUUGGCAGUGAGUGUGGAAUUGAAUUUGAUGAAGAAAAAACUGCAGUCAUUGAUCAUCACAAUUUUGAUGUUACAGACGAUGGACAGCACACUGUAAUUUUGGCUGAUGGAAAAAAUGCUAUCAAAUCAAGAAAUAUUGUUGGUUCUGGCAAUGAAAAUCCCCUUUUGUUUCAAGGUGUAGGCAUGGUAGCUGAUCAGGACAACCCAUUAACCCUUGAGAUUUUAUCUGCAUCAUCAACUGCCUAUUCUUACUAUCCUGAUGAUAAAAUUUCCGAGUACCCACAUGCAGUUGGAAAGAGUACUUUGCUUAUUGGUGGGCUGCAAGCAAGAAACAAUGCAAGGGUUAUUUUUUCAGGAUCAUUUGACUUCUUCAGUGACAAGUUCUUCCUCUCUGGAGUUCAAAAUGCAGCUGUUUCAGAUUCAAAAUUCUAUCCAGUCUCUGGCAAUGCUGAGCUUGCUUUCAAUCUUGCUAUGUGGAUAUUUAAGCAAAGAGGUGUCCUCAGAGUUGUCGGGGUAGAUCACCAUCCUAUUGGAGAACUUUCACCACCAAUGGCCUACACGAUUGAAGAUCAAGUUGCUUAUAAAAUUAAGAUUGAAGAGUUCCAUGAAGGAAAAUGGCAGCCUUUCCAAGCUUCGGAUGUGCAACUAGAGUUUUUCAGAAUUGAUCCAUUUGUCAGAAUCAAUCUUAACUCAAGCUCAGAUGGAACCUUCAGUGCUGAAUUCAAACUUCCUGAUGUUUAUGGCGUCUUCCAGUUCAAAGUGGAUUAUGACAGAAUAGGCUACACUCAUCUCAGAAGCACAACUCAGAUUCCAGUACGACCGAAAAUGCACACACAGUACGAGAGAUUCAUCCCAUCUGCAUUCCCAUACUAUGCGAGUGCGUUCUCCAUGAUGAUUGGCCUAUCCGUUUUCAGUUUUGUUUUCCUGCAUUUCAAAGAUGACCAAAAGGUGAAGAGCGAAUAACACAUUGACAAGCAGUGGAACUAAUCACAAAUUUUAUAAUUAGAUGUUUUUGAUUACCAAACAACCGUUCUUAAAUUAUAAGGCUUUGUGCUGUUU